AUCCAUCUCCUACUACCACUUCCAAAAAGUACAACUGACGCCAGUGAGGGAGAGAGCGCUUUACACGCAUACACAUCAGAGAGAGUGUGAGUCGCCGUCUCUUCUCCGGUCCUCCCUCCAUACUCCGAAGAUGCAGAGCUUCUCAGUAUGCUCUCUCCAUUCACGCUUUCUUCUACCAAUCAUUCUGAGUAUUCUCCAUGUCGCGCUGGCACAGGAAGGAUUCUGUUCUCAACCGUCGUCGUCGAUCGUCAAUUCAGAUUCCAUUACCACGCCUCUCUAUUGGAAAGUCACAAAUCCCACGCUUUCUCCUUCCCAUUUACAAGAUUUACCAGGAUUUACUCGCAGUGUGUACAAGAGAGACCACGCUUUAAUCACGCCCGAAAGUCAAGUUUUCAGCCCUUUGCCCGACUGGACUAAUACUUUAGGAGCUUAUCUCAUAUCACCAGAAAUGGGAGCACAUUUCGUUAUGUACCUUGCUAAGAUGCAAGAAAAUUCAAAAUCUGCAAUUCCUAAAGAUGAUGUUGAAAGGUUCAUUUUUGUGGUUCAGGGCUCAGCGGUGUUAACUAGUGUGUCGAGCCUCAGCCAAGAAUUGUCGGUAGAUUCAUAUGCCUACAUACCUCCAAAUCUAGAACACUUGAUCACAAGUACCUAUGUAACUACUGUUCUUGUUGUAUUUGAGAGAAGUUAUGUUGCGCUGAAGAAUCAUACGACGGAGCUCAUUGUGAGUUCAACAGAUAGACAACCACUUCUCGAUACUCCUGGGGAGGUAUUUGAACUCAGGAAGCUUCUUCCAACAUCAAUCCCUUAUGACUUCAACAUUCAUAUAAUGGAUUUUCAGCCAGGAGAAUAUCUUAAUGUCAAGGAGAUCCAUUACAAUCAGCAUGGCUUGUUGCUUUUAGAAGGACAAGGGAUUUAUCGAUUAGGUGAUAACUGGUAUCCAGUACAAGCUGGCGACUCUAUUUGGAUGGCGCCAUUUGUGCCUCAAUGGUAUGCAGCACUUGGUAAAACUCGAAGCCGAUAUCUGCUGUACAAAGAUGUGAACAGGAAUCCACUAUGAAGAAAGGUUUAUUGUCAUGUAUUUGUUUCUCUAUUAGUAGUACUAAAAACAAACCCAUAAAUUACAGUCCAU